CAAAGCUUUUACUUCACGCACUCUCUCACUCCCUCUCUCUCUCUCUCUCUCUCUCUCCUUUUGUGCUAAAACCCCAUCUUAAACUUACCGUCUGCUGAAAAAGUAAAAAACACUGAUCCUAAUUCCUGCGAGAAGCCCACGCUCAUUUCUCCAAUCUCCCAUCUCCAGUCUAACAAUCUGUCUUUUGCUGGUUUCUGAGCUCAAAAACCUCUAAUGGCUGUUCUUCGACUCCUGCUUGUCAAAUCCCUCACUUUCUUCAACCCUUUAUCCCGCUAAAUCAAACUCAAAGACCAAAAAAGGGGGAAAAAAAAAAAACUAUUUUUUAGGAAAACCCAUCUACCUAAAGAUUUUGCGCAGUCAUGUAUUUGUCUGAGAAGCCCCGUCCAAUCGAUUUCUAUAAAGAAGAAGGAAGCCGAGACAUGAUGAUUGAGGUGGUCUCCAAUGGCGAAAUACCACAACCCCAUCACCACCCACAACAACAAACACAGCAACAACAACAACAGCAACACCAACAGCAACAACAACAGCAACAGCAGCAGCAACAGGCCCAUCAGCACCAGAUGCUUCUGGGCGAUAGUAGUGGCGAGGACCAUGAAGUCAAGGCCCCAAAGAAACGGGCCGAGACUUGGGUCCAGGACGAGACUCGGAGUUUGAUCGGUCUUCGCCGUGAAAUGGAUGGGUUGUUUAACACUUCCAAGUCUAAUAAGCAUCUGUGGGAGCAAAUCUCAGCUAAGAUGAGGGAAAAGGGGUUCGAUCGGUCCCCGACUAUGUGCACCGACAAGUGGAGGAAUUUGCUCAAGGAGUUUAAGAAGGCUAAGCAUCAAGAUAGAGGAGGAAGUGGCUCGGCCAAGAUGUCUUAUUACAAAGAGAUUGAAGAAAUUUUGAGAGAAAGGAGCAAGACUGCCCAGUAUAAGAGCCCCACGCCACCGAAGGUUGAUUCUUAUAUGCAAUUCUCGGAUAAAGCUCUUGAAGAUACAAGCAUUUCUUUUGGACCCGUGGAAGCUCCUUGGUGUGCAGCUAGUGGCAGGCCAACACUCAAUCUUGAAAGACGUCUUGACCAUGAUGGACAUCCUCUUGCCAUCACAACAGCUGAUGCAGUUGCAGCAAGUGGAGUUCCACCUUGGAAUUGGAGAGAGACCCCUGGAAAUGGUGGAGAAAGUCAGUCAUAUGCUGGGAGAGUCAUAUCAGUCAAGUGGGGGGAUUACACAAGAAGGAUUGGAAUUGAUGCCACUGCAGAGGCCAUCAAGGAUGCAAUCAAAUCUGCUUUUGGGCUAAGAACAAGACGAGCAUUUUGGUUGGAGGAUGAAUAUCAGAUAAUCCGGAGUCUUGACAGGGACAUGCCUUUGGGGAAUUACAUACUUCAUGUCGAUGAAGGGUUGGCCAUAAAAGUGUGCCUUUACGAUGAGUCCGAUCACAUACCAGUACAUACUGAGGAGAAGAUAUUUUACACUGAAGAUGAUUACCGUGACUUCCUUACACGCCGGGCUUGGACAUGUCUAAGGGAAUUUGAUGGAUAUAGAAAUAUCGAUAAUAUGGAUGAUCUUCGACCAGGUGCAAUAUACCGGGGAGUGAGUUGAGGGGGCAGCCGUAGGCAUGUUGUUUGUAGAUGCUGUCCAUAUAAUGUUUUUCAUUUUGAUACGAAAUGCCAUACCAGUGUGGAACCAUAUGUUCCACUCAUGUUAGUUAUGUGCUUUUAUGGUAGAAACAAAGGAGCAAAUCCACUUCAUGUUGCCUGGAUAUUUCAUGUUUGUAAAUAUGUAUUCCUCAGUGUUAGAGAAUUCCCAAAUGUUUCGGUGGUUUAAAUUUUCAAGCCUUUUUUUUUUAUAUAUAUAUAUAUAUAUAUUUUUUUUUUA